GUUGUGAUAGUUCCCACCUUGUCUACGUCAUCAGUUGUGAUAGUUCCCACCUUGUCUACGUCAUCAGUUGUGAUAGUUCCCACCUUGUCGACGUAAUCAGUUGUGAUAGUUCCCACCUUGUCUACGACAUCAGUUGUGAUAGUUCCCACCUUGUCUACGUCAUCAGUUGUGAUAGUUCCCACCUAUUUCACGUCAUCACUUGUGACAGUGUUAAUCGGUUAUGACAGAUCACACCUAAUGCAUGUCGCCGGAAUGAUUAGUUCAGAAAUAGUACGUUAACAUACUAGUAGUGAUAUAAGAUGCUUAUAAGACAACAAUGUAAAUACGUCUCAUUAUUAAAUGUAUAUAUUAGAUUACCAAACAAGUCAUUGAUAUUAUUUAGCAACCGAUGUUUUGUGUACCAAUAUUGGACUAAUAUCUUGUAUUAACCCUAUCCAUAGAUGGAGACAUCACUAGAUGUAGGUUUUAUAGAUAAACGAGGAACAGUCGAUUUAUUCUUAUUCUUUAGCCUAAAAGACGUAUCUAUGAAUAAUAUUACUUUAUUUCUGUUUUAUAUACCCAGUUGACCUACUCACCCAGAUGUUACUAUGUGAUAUAUUACUGGUGGUGCUGAUACAGUUGGUUGUUGCGACGUCCCUGAUUACCAAAUUCUGGGAUCUUGGUGACACCUUCUGUUUAAGCCUAGGAAUGGCUAUCGAGAUCGUCAGUAUGCUGUCCUGCUUCCUGAGGAUGGUGUUGGCAUUCGAGAGGAGAGUAUCUUUACAGAAUAAGCGUUACUUUAUUGAUGUUUUUAUCAUGCCAAUGAUAGGAGUUUAGUCUAGCAGUUUUUACAUAAAUUACUUUAUAUCUAUCACAUUGUAUCUACUCACACAAAACAUACAACAGACAAGACAAACAUUCAUACAACAUAUUCAAACUUGCCCAGCCACGAACGCAAACAAUACAGCCCCAUCACACUCCUACCAUUGUCAACUAGUGUUUUCGUUUUGAGGUUAAAACGGCUGGACCAGUUGUACCAUUUGGACCAGUGUUGUUCGUUUAUGAAAUAAUACGGACCAGGUGAUUUAAUAUUGUUUCAGACGAGCCUUGACAAAACUUCCCAGGUCUGUAAUAGCAUCUACAGGUCUGUCAAGGUAGAUAAUAUUUAAAAACUGAUGAACAGGUUUGUCCGUAUAAACGACAGACACCCGGGUUACAUUAACACAACAUGAAUGUUUCGUAUAUGAUUGGAAUUUUUUGUAUUACAAGUGCUUUCUAUUUUAGACUUUCCAUGGUGGUGAGGAAGCGAGGAAUGAAAAUCUCUCGCGGAACUGGACUAGCAGUCUCCAUAAUAUUCUUAGGCAUUGCUGUCCUUAUUGCAUUGUUUCCUAAAGAUCAAAGACAUGCCUCCCAAGAUAACUCCCCGCAUAUCGACGGAUUUCAAUCCUGUUACCUCAGUGGAGAAUGGCUACCCGUUGGUACCAAUCUGGCGGUCAUGUCAGUACCUUGUAUCAUCAUCAUCAUUGUUUCUCUGAUGUCAUUGCACAAUCGCUCAUUAUGUAGUGGGGGUUUUGUCGUCCCUACAGAAUUAAGUUUCACUCGAAAUUCUGUAUCUGUCUCACCAAGAAGGAUGAUGUAUGUGGAAUCUACAUCAGCAAACGUCAUCGACCAAUCCUGUAAUGCCAGCAUAUCUAUAUAUGAGAUGAGGACAACGUCACUACUUCCGGUGAUAAAUACAGCUAUCACUAUAAUAGUCAUCAUACGUCUAUUCCUCAUUGUCGCCGCACGUCAUGUCCAGAGUGAUGAAACUUUCCAAACGGCAGUACUGGUAUGUUUCAUCAUACAAUGUAUGGUGCAGACAGUGCUCCUACUUGCUACCAGUUUUCGUUCCAGAAAAGCUAUUCAAAAGUCCCUGCACUUGAAAUCACUAUCAUCUAAUGAACCAGAAGAAUCCGUUCCAAAAUGCCAGCCAGUUACAUUGAUUCCGAGGGACAAUUUUACAUACAUGCCAGAGUUCCUUAAGCGGUCAUCCGAUGUAGAUAUCCUAGUGGAACAGACCAGGGAUUACAGUAGAUGGGCAAAACGAGUGUCAUUGCCUCACGUCUCAGUGACAUCGUCCAUCUAUCUCGAUAUCGACAGGACCAAUGCUACGGCUAGAAGGCGAAUGACAAUAACUGUAAUGUGAUGAGCUAAUUUGUGUUGAUCGCAAGAAUUAGAGAAAACAAGAAAUUCUUAUAUUUGUACAAAAAUGGCAAUGACACUGUAAUCGUAUUCAAAAUCAGAACAUACAUGUAUAGCUACAUGCGGCACAUACGUACUGUUUCAUUUCCUGAAUUUGACAGUUUAUGUUUGAACUAUCCAGAUGACAAUUGACAAUUUGAAAAAAACAACGACAGCUUCUUCUAACUAACGUCAAAUAUAUCUUCGGUGUCGCGCGGCAUUAGGAGCACAGCAUCGGCGAGCAAACAUAGAUGAUUGAUUUUCUUCUUACUUGAAAGUGAAUCCUCAUAGAGGCGAUAUACGAGACAUUUGCAUAGAGCAGUUUUGGCUGGAUAGAAUACAAAUGAAAUCAGAAAGUAUUGGUGUAUUUCAACCCCACAUAUGCUUGAGGCUAUAGAUAUGGACCUAUUUAUUGUUUUGCGUUUUUACAAUGUUUGCCUACAUCUAUUUUUCAUUAUCAGAAAUCAGGCUGUUCAAAUCAGCGUUCAUCCAUGGUCCAUCUACCAGUCGUCUGCUCUUAAAUAUUUAAGUGUUAUUUCUCCGAAACUAACAGGGGAAUCACUCCGAUCUCUACAUGUAUAUAACAUGGAUUAUAAUUUAGAUAUAGUAAAAAAUCUCAUUUGUGUGUUGCAUUUUCAAUAUCAUCCAAAAACGACUUUAUACAUGGCUUAUGUGUAAUUGAUAUAAAUGUAUUUUGAUGUAAAAUGCUGUCUAUAGAUGUAUUUUGGAUAAAGAUGUGUAGGUAUGUACAUCCCUACGUAGGUAUUGGUAUUACUAUAGCUAUCCAUUUUUACUGGAAUACUUGUAUAUAAAGUAUUUAUCUAGUCAGGAUACCUAGGUAUCUGAUCAAUGCCAGUAGAUAUAGCAUGAAGAAAAUAGAGGAAGGAAGACACUUUGAUUGUUACAACAAAUUUAGUCGUACUACAUGUAUAUUAUAUGUAUAUAUAUAUAUGGUGGUAUUUUAUUUGUUGACAUUUCGCCAAGAUAUCAACAUCAAUAGGUGCCUGACACCUGCCCGAUCACUUGGCUUUGUCUAUGUGUAGGAGUCUUUUACAUUACUCGAUAGAGCUUGAGACAUAAUUAAUAUGUAAUAAUGAAGAUAUAACGGUCACCAAAACAGGAGCAUUACGCGAGUGAGUAGAUUUACAGAAUAGGAGGGUUUGGAGAGAACAUGCAGGUGGAAUCAUAUUACAUAUUUAUAUAGGAUAGUAUACGUUAUUGUUUUAAUUAGUAUGAUUACAAUCGUAUAGUUAUCUGAUUGUAUUAUUAACUGUGGACUGGUUAUUUAGAUUUGCUGUUGUAUGACCAUGUGCUAUUAUUGUGUUUUGUCAGUUAGUUUGUAAGGUGACAAGAUGGUGGAUUUAUAUCAGUUCAAAUGACUAGUUGCAUUGCACAUUAGCAUGUUUUGGCUAUGUAUUUUCUAAAUGUUUUUUUUUUAACCUAACUGUAAUUUUUGCAGUAACUUCUUUGCAUCGAAUAAGGUAGAUCCCAUAAACGCUUUGACAUUCACAUUCUUUCUUUUAAAAAACAAAGAUAUCAUAUUUGGAUUGCUUCUCCUGCCGAUAUACCGCCAUUAUUAUCAACCAAAAGGUUGACUGACUAGAGGGAAAUGGCUAUUCAUCUGGAAAGCAGUCUUUUAUGGCUGCUAUCUUCUGUCAUAGCUACCAUGCGAUGUACCUAAUUCUAAUAUAGUGUUUGGGAGAAUUGAGAGGCGUCUGUGACAUGUCACUUCAUGUCUGAGAAUGCUUGAAGAUCAUUUUCGACAUCACUUCUGGGAAGUUUUACUCUUAUUUUGCUUCGUUUAUUCUUGAUUUUGAGUAAUUGUGUUCUCAAUAUGAUAAUAGAACUUUGAUAUAGGCUUAAGCCUGAUGUUCAAUCCAGUUGUUUAUCAAUAAAAUAUUUUUGAAUGAAAAUAAUACAUCUUAGCAUGAUAUAUAUCAUAAUUAUCUGGUACUUCAGACAUCGGGCACGUGACUCGGACUAGGUUCGGUUCUGCGGAAUGGGUGGCCUGUUUAUAACUUAUGAACAAAAUAUUUAGGAAGGAACUGGGUAUUUUAGCUCACCUGGCCUGUGUGUUUAUUAAACGAUGCUGCCUCCGUCGUCUUUCCGUCGUCCGUCAGUCAUGAAAGAGUUCGAGUUCGUGGAUUUAGGGCAAAAUUUGUCUGAAACAUCCUUCGGUAAAAAGGAAUAAAUUCAGUAUAAACGGCGGAGUCGGGUGGGGAGGGGGUGCAAUAACAGAUAUAUAGUGAAUGAUCUAAAAUCCUUCUUCUUCAGCAAAGAAAGGAUUUUGUUCCAUAUUAUCCUUGGGUAAAGAGUAAUCAAUUUUGUUUAAACUUCGGAUUGAAGUUAACAGAACUAACUAGAGGUCAAGGUCAAUGGUAAUGAUAAGGGUAAAAAAUGUAUUUUUACUGGUAAACAUUUUAUUAUGUCACUAUGA